UUCAGGAAGUUGCAUUUGAAUGAGCUUGCUUGCGUUGAGAGCAGCUCUUCAAAACUGCAUGGGUGCCACUGGAGUACACCUCUCUUCUCUAACCGACUUGUGCCUCUGUUCAUCAUGAUAAACACCUUUCACACUAGCUACAAUCCUCCACCUCCACCGGUGCCUCCACGGGCAGGAUACAGCAGACCCCGGCCAGCGGGCAACACAUCUUUAGUCAAGUUUUUGUCAGUGAUGCUACUGCUGUUAAUGAUACUGACCUUCGGAGGCUUCCUCUACCUGUUCCAGAAACUCAACGUGCAGUUCCAGGACAGUUAUCAUGAAGAAGACUUCGUCCUAAAGAGACUACAGGACUGUGCGGACAGCGGUAUGGGAGAAGAAUCAAUGACAGAAUGUGGCAAACUGAUGGAAAAAUAUAAAACCGUCAUAGAAAAGGUUUCACAAGCAAAUGAAAAAUUGUCUAAGUUAACUGGAGGGCCACACUUUAUUGGACCAGCUGCACACAUGGUUGCUCUGACUGUGCCCAAAGAUAAGGCUUCUGACUUCUUGAAGACAAGCAGUCUUAUUUGGGAUAAAGAUCACUCCCUGCUGCAGGACGUAAAGAUCAGCAAAGAACGGGACAAGUUGACCAUUCAGUAUCCCGGAAUCUAUUUCAUCUAUUCCCAGGUCACCUUCUCCAGAAAUACUCCUUCAUCUUCAUUAAAGCAAUCCAUAAGGAGCACAGGACCCAAGAAAGACCAAUUCAAGGAGCUACUCAAGUCCUUUUGCAGUUUGAAUCCAAGCACAUCAAAUAUGUGUACAGCUUCUGUGACAGGGGUGUUCCAUCUAGAGAAAGACCAACAGAUCUAUGUUACAGUAACAAACACAACCUUGGUGAACCGGGACUCUUGCAGCUUUGGAUUAUUCAAAUUGCGGUAUUGAACACUCUGGAAGUGGAUCGUGGCACUCAAUUAUAAAUUAUCCUAUACAUCUCCAGGGAAAUACAUUGCACAAUCUUUUCUCCUGGACUCCAAACCACAAUCAAAAUUCAGGACACACAAGGAAGUCAUCAAAUAUUGUUCAUUAAAAAAAAAAAAAAAAAAAAAAGUUAAGAACAACAUUAUUUAUAAUGCCUUAAUAAAGAUAUUUAUUUUCAAAUUAGCUUGCCAAUUAUAAUUGAUGGUGGAUUCUUAUUUAUAGUACAUCCCAAGUACUUUUAAUUUAAAUGUUAAUAUAUCAUAUGUGGGUUAUAUAUUAGUAUUCAGUAAGUAACUUUGAAUAAAAGAGCGCAAAAAUAAUUUCCCCCUCCCUAUUACACCAUUCCUCAAGUCCUCCAGUAUUUUUGAUUUUAUUACCAAUGUUUCCAAGUGGUCAGAAGUUGUGUAAGUUUUUCCUAACAUAGUAGAUUGAGGUUGAGAGAAGCGCUUAUCUUAAACUUUGGAAACUACUGUGUAGGACGAGGCGAAGGGAACGACCCAUAAGCCUACCAGUUCUGUUUUUAACUUCAAUUUGAUAAUACGACCCUGAAGUGACUACUGCUGUGCCUAUUUUACAGCAUUCCAUCCUCCUCCAUGGAAACAGUGAGUUUUAGGUGACAAACGCGUGCUCAUUUGAGCCACGCGGAUGCCUCUGCUUACAGGAAGUAGUCAGCCUACUACACUCACUCUAGCUUUACUCCAUUCAAGCAUCAAAAAAGUAACACCGUAAUGCAUCAUUUGAUCUACCACCUUAUUUCACAAGGUGGAAUUUCCUCGUAUGUGUAAGGAUUAAAAUAAAAUCAAACGUAUAGCUCAUUAACAUGAUGUUAUUUUAUUAAAAGAGAUCCUUAUUGAAAUGAAGACGAAAUAAAAACACAAGCACUAGUGAAAAAAACAAAACAAAUUAUAUAUAUAGCAUUUAUAUUGCAUAGAUCAACUCCGCAAAAAUAAAACCUGUGUUCUGCAGACAUGGGCACUUUAGAGAGGAAACUGACGUGGACAUUCUUCAUCCCUCUUUUAUGAUCUCCUGAAAGUGCUAUUCAAUUUUUUUUUUUU